AUGUUCAAGACUAUAUGGGGAUCCGAUAAGGCUGUUGCUUCCGUGGCAGCUACCUCUAAGAUAUUCAUUCGUGGAAAGCAAAAGGCUGCUAUGACCCCAUCCACCCAAAGAAUAGUGAACCAAUUAUCAGCAUUGUCUGCCAGCAGAAAACAACCAAAGUUAUUGAGUUUAUGUAACGAAGACUUGAUCAAGAACAGAACCAUUACCAACGCCUGGAAUGUAUACAAGAGAAAACUUUUUCAAAAGAGAGAUGAGCAGUUCGAAAAACAGUACAACAGUAUCAAAAAUGCCAUGGAAGAUUUGAAACAAACGAGUCCUGAGUUAUUUGAGUUGGCCAACGCCAAGGAACAAAAGAGAUUUCCUUUGGAAAUGAGAAUUCCCACUGAUUUUCCACCAAAUCAACCAUGGGUGUACAACUAUGCCCCAAAAAAGUAAAAAGUCGAGAAUUCUAGAGUCUGUAUUUGAGGACCAGAGUGGUAAGGGAAGGAGUAUCUUCCUGAGAGAAGUGUAUCUUCCUGAGAGAAGUGUUGUUAUUGUGCCAGGAUCAGUAGCAAUGGCAAGCCUGUAAAUAAAUGUCAUAAUAGAUCCCGUAUAUGUCUAGUGUAGUGCCCCAAAUUGCUAUGUUACCGUCAGA